CACAAUUAUUUAUUCCUUUCUUUAUCACAAAUCACAACAACACAACAAAACAAAGCCUGUUUCCCCUCUCGUCGUUGACUGUCCAAGUACUUAAUUAAAAAAGAAAAAAAAAGAAAACCAAAAUGGAAAGCUGAAAUAAUAUGACCAACCAACAUUUUUAACCCCUUUCUCUUCCCCUUUCUGUUCCCUCCUCGUUCACGCUAUCCCGCUCAAUCCUCUGCGUCGCCUCCACCAUCUUCUCAAUUUCCUGUUUCAAUCGAUAGAUAAAUGAUUGGCUUUUGAGGUGGAAUAUUAACUGGAUUAGGACACUUUUUUGUCCUACAGAUGGCUUCCGUGGGCAUGGUGCCUACGUCUGGUUUAAGAGAAUCUAGUGCUGCUGGUGUUGACAAGUUACCUGAAGAGAUGAAUGACAUGAAAAUUAGAGAUGACAAAGAAAUGGAAGAUACGGUUGUGGAUGGUAAUGGAACAGAGACAGGGCAUAUAAUUGUGACAACUAUUGGUGGUAGAAAUGGUCAGCCAAAACAGACAAUAAGUUACAUGGCUGAACGAGUGGUUGGAAAUGGAUCAUUUGGAGUUGUCUUCCAGGCAAAGUGCUUAGAAACUGGUGAAACUGUUGCUAUAAAGAAGGUUCUUCAAGAUAAGAGGUACAAGAACCGUGAGCUGCAAACAAUGCGUCUUCUUGACCACCCAAAUGUUGUAGCUUUGAAGCAUUGCUUUUUUUCAACAACUGAAAAGGAUGAACUUUAUCUUAAUUUGGUACUCGAGUAUGUACCUGAAACUGUUCAUCGCGUGAUCAAGCACUAUAACAAGUUGAACCAAAGGAUGCCACUGAUAUAUGUGAAACUUUAUACAUACCAGAUAUUUAGGGCCUUGUCUUACAUCCAUCGCUGCAUUGGUGUGUGUCAUAGGGACAUUAAACCGCAAAACCUUUUGGUAAAUCCACAUACUCAUCAGGUUAAACUAUGUGAUUUUGGAAGUGCAAAAGUCUUGGUGAAAGGGGAACCAAACAUAUCCUACAUUUGCUCGAGGUAUUAUAGAGCACCUGAGCUAAUAUUUGGAGCAACUGAAUACACUACAGCCAUUGACAUCUGGUCUGCUGGCUGUGUCCUUGCUGAGCUGUUACUUGGACAGCCUCUAUUUCCUGGUGAGAGUGGAGUUGACCAGCUUGUUGAGAUUAUUAAGGUCUUGGGCACUCCAACACGAGAGGAAAUUAAGUGCAUGAACCCUCACUAUACAGAGUUCAAAUUCCCUCAGAUUAAGGCUCAUCCAUGGCAUAAGAUAUUCCAUAGGCGUAUGCCUCCUGAAGCUGUUGAUUUGGUGUCAAGGUUACUCCAAUACUCUCCUAAUCUCCGUUGCAGUGCUUUGGAUGCCUUGAUCCAUCCUUUCUUUGACGAGUUGCGUGAUCCAAAUGCACGCCUGCCUAAUGGCCGCAUCCUUCCGCCAUUGUUUAACUUUAAAUCUCAUGAACUAAAGGGUGUUCCAGUAGAGAUAUUGGUGAAAUUGAUUCCGGAGCAUGCAAGAAAGCAAUGUCCUUUUCUUGGAUUGUAAUUUGAUGCAAAAGGCAACCAACAAGCAAAAGUGUACUAUCUUAUGGUUUCCUUAUUUAUGCAAUAUAUUCUUGUUGUAUGCCUGUGUUGUGUUACUAUGUCAUGUAAAAGCAGAUGUAGACAUAAUCCUCCCAACUGUCCAAACAUCAAAACCUAUUUCUAUAUAUGGCAACAGAUUGUAACAUCCAUAGUGGAUGGAAACCAAUAUUUACUUUGAUAGUGUUGUCUGUAAUCCGAGAGAAGGAAAGGUGAGUAUUUAUUUCAAUGUAUAUCUGUUCUGUUCUGCUCAAGGCAGCUAUUUAAGCAGGUUUCAUAAACGAUGCUCUGCUGCCCUGUUAUAUCCAUUAAAGGAUUUGAAAGUAGGUUCUGGACUCUCAUAACCCUACUGCCUUUUGAAUGAUCA